AACACUCCAGCACUCUGUUUUUAUUUCUCUCUCUGCUUUUCCCUAAACUCCUUCUCUGUUCUCCAAAGUUUGUACCCUUUUAUUCAACCCUCGAGCGAUCUUUGCACGAACUAACCUCGAAAGACUGAAUCUUUUUCUUGACCCACCAAGAAAAAGUUAGUCUUUGUUUCCCGGAAAAACCGAGAGUUUCAGUUUGUUCCUUUUAGGAUUUGCUUAAGUUGAGGGAGUUAUGCUCAAGGUCUUAGCUGAAGUUCUCGCUUCUUAUCAAUCACUUCUUGUUUCUUUUGCUGAUUCAAAGUGGCUCUGCUGGGAAAGUCUUCAGCUUUAUGUUCUAGGGCUUUGAAACUGUUUGUGAUUGUGGAGAAGGAUAAGCUGAGAUCAUAGGAAUUUAGAAACUUUCUUGUUUAGAUGGGAAUUGACACCACUCAACGUAUAGAGGAGAUGUCUUACUCCUUCAAGAUGCACGCUUCCAUCUGCUUAGCCUUGAAGAACUUAGUUGAUAGAGUUACGAAAAUCUUUCCUGAAAUAGAAGCUGCUAGACCUGGAUCUACCACAGGGAUACAGACUCUAUGUUUGCUCAACAAAGCUCUGGAGAAAGCUAAGCUGCUUCUUCAGUACUGCAGUGAAUCCAGUAAACUCUACAUGGCAGUAACAGGAGAUGCUAUACUCUCAAGAGGUUCUAGAUCCAAAAAGUUAUUAGAACAAAGCUUAUCUGACAUCAGAACCAUGGUACCUACUGCUUUGUCUAUCAAGAUACUUGAGGUACUCCAAGAUCUUAAGUCAACAGAGUUGUCUCUAGAAUCAUUUGAAGAAGAAGCUGGGAAAGCUAUCAGGGAACUGAUGAGACGGAGCACAUCUUCUUCUGUGUCUUCUGAUGAGAUAAGAGAUUUUCAUUUUGCAGCACUAAAGCUCCAGCUUUCAACACCUGAAGCCGUUGUGGUAGAGAGAAGAUCAUUAAAGUCGCUUUAUGGGAAGCUAGGAGAGUGUGAAGGGAACAAGAGACAGAUUCUGAAGUAUCUCCUCUGCCUCCUGAAGAAGCAUGAGAAAAUCAUUUGGAGUGAUCACAAAGAGAUCUCUCUCAGACAGCAACACUCUGUGAAUGAUUCUGUGUCUGCUAGUGUUGCAGAAGCCGGGUGUUCUGAGGAACACAACAGUGAUACACUUCCUGAACAGUUCAAGUGUCCUCUCUCUCUUACUGUCAUGUAUGAUCCUGUCAUCAUCUCCUCAGGCCACACGUUUGAGAGGAUGUCGAUUCAGAGAUGGUUUGAUUUAGGUAAUGACACGUGUCCUGUAUCAGAAAGGGUACUAGAUGAUUUCACAUUGCAGUCCAAUGUAGCGAUGAAGGAUCAGAUAUCAAAAUGGUGCAAGAAGCACGGUCUUGAUGUUCAAGAUCCAGCAAUGAAGCACACAGACAACGCUUCACAGAAUCUUGACUUCUCCAUUGCUAGUUUUACAAGUUCUCUGUACAAUAUACCAGACCUCAGCUGCUUCACGAGUAGGGACUUCAGCUCUAGCUUCUCCACGGAUUCGCCAUCAUACUCUAGGAUGUCCAGGGGUGGCUACUUCAUGCCAAUGCAGACGAUAGCUUCUGAGUCAGGAACUGAAGUCACAGAUUCUACUCAUCACAGUGAGGUGGAGAUAGAGCCUUUGUGUGAACUCAGUAAGCUUCCAUGGGAUGCUCAGGUCAAGGCUGUUCAAGAUGUGAGAAGUCUUUUUGAGAAAGAUUCUAGGGCUGUUCGGUCUGUGUCACCUAGUAAGUUUCUUGAGCCGCUUAUCACAUUCUUGAAGAACGCUCAUGAGAGAAAUGGCACUGAGGGAGACGUAGUAAAGUGUGGUUUGGAUUUGUUAUUGACUUUCCUCAGUGGAAACAGGAAGGCUAUAGAGAGCUUGAAAGAAGACUUGUUUGAAAUGUUGUGUGUCUUUCUUGGGUCAGAGUUAGUAGCUGAAGAAGCUCUAAACGUACUUGAGGUUCUCUCUAAUCAUCCACAGAGUCUCUCAAAGAUAACUUCAACAAGCUCUCUCUCUUCCCUUUUGAAGAUAGCUGAGUCUGGAGCACAACAUCUUCAAGAACAAGCUAUGAUCACACUCAAGAACCUCUCUGCAAGCAAUGAGAUUUGUGCGGAAAUGGUCUCUCUCGGUUUUGUCCAUAAGCUCACAUCUUUCUUGCAACAAAACGUUUUCAGCAAACACUCAAUCAUCAUGCUGAAGAAUCUCUGCAACACUGAGAAAGGUAGGGUUUGUGUAACUGAGACCCCUGGUUGUUUAGCUUCAAUAGCUGAGCUACUGGACUCAAAUGUUUCUGAGGAGCUAGAGAAUGCGAUCUCCAUCCUCCUCCAGCUCUGCGUGGAGAAGAUAGAGUAUUGUUAUCUUGUGGUGAGAGAAGGCCUUAAUAUAUACUCAUCUCUUCUCUUGAUAUCCAACAAUGGAACCGAGGAAGCUAAGGUGGGUGCAUCUGAGUUGCUUAGAGCUCUUGAAGAAGUAGUAGAAGAAGAAGAAGAAUCCUCCACACCACAAGAAGAAGCAACUACUUCACAGGUUGUUGUUGCUCCAGUUACGUAUCAGGAACCUGUAGUAACGGCACCGUCUCCAAAGAAGUCUGGUCUUUUUGGGCUCAGAUUCAUUCUCAAGAAGAAGAAGAUAAAAUCAUAAGUUUUGUUAACUUACUUUUUUAAGAAGCUAUCAUUUUUUUGUGUGGUUCUCUCUUUGUUGACUUAGGGUUUGUAUAUGUUGAUACCUGUCUAAAGAGCUUCCAUUAAUGUUAAGUGUAGUUGUAGUUUGAUAGGGGGAAUGUAUUGUGAGGAGAAUAGUUUGUAAUUUGUAAAUCAUUAAAUAAUAAAAGUUGGGUGAGAAAUAAAUUUAUUUUUGAGAUA